AGUUGCAUAUAAGAGACAACUUUUCUGAGAGUAGAAGCACAAGCCUAAACCAUAGCAGGCAGACGAAUCAGGCAGCCAAACUGAACUAUUACCACAAUGAAUAAAAAGAUUGCUUUUAUAUUAUGGAUUGUCAUGUGUGCUGCAGUUUCAGAAGCUGGAGUUCUGGGCAGAGCAGGAAUCACUUUCCGUUGCCAGUGUCUACAAACCUCUUCACAUUUUAUCCACCCAGUGCACUUUGCUGAUAUUCAGAUGAUCCCUGCAGGGCCCCACUGCAUCAACCUAGAAAUGAUUGUACAACUGAAAUCUGGUCGAAAAGUCUGCUUGAAUCCUGGAGCUAAUUGGGUGAAGAUGAUUAUUAAAAGAAUUUUGAACAGGCAAAAAGAUUGAUUGCAAGAAGAAAAGAGAGCACCUGCUUGUUGGUCACAGGUCACACCACUCUAGUAUGAGAAAUAAUAUAUCUUUAUUAGCUGGAUUCUGCUUCCAGAGAGUGCCAGCUACAGCUCUCCAGUGGCUUAGAGGAGAUAUGGAUGCUGCUGGCUCAGCCUUACACAGAGCCCUUACUUCAGAUUGGGUCUGAGCAAUAUUAGCUUAUGGGUCAGUUUAGUACUGCACCUGUCAAUACGCAGCUUGAAGAACCAUUUUUCUCUGUCAAUUUGGAGUACAGUAAUGGUAUUUGCUACAAUACUAUACACAUUAACAUAUAUGUAAUAUGAUAUAAUCAAAAAGUGAAAGAAUUAAUUAACCUUGCCACUUGUAAUGCUGUAAUACACACUUUGCAAUAAGAGUUGUAUGGAGUUGAAUAUUGCGAAAACAGUUUACAAUGAAAUUCACUUUUUUCUUUUUCUUUCAACUUAUUUUGUAUCACAAAAACUAAAAUCCUACCUGAACCAUUCCUGCAUUAAACUCAAAUAUACUCUAAAUUAGCUGAGCUACUUAAGAAUGUAUCCACUGACUUGUAAAUGUAUGUUUUGUUUUUAUCUUUCUACCCUGUAGAGUCAGUUUUGUAUAUUUUUUAAAGGAAAAAUAAAGUGUUUAAUAUUACAAGUCUGA